GAGAGGGAGGGAACCUGCUGCAUUCAGUAGCCCAGAGACAGUUUAUUCCGUAGAGCUUUUCAUCAACACUGUGCAGUUUAUGAGAGAGCGAAGGAGUACGUGUUUAUUUAGUUCUCAGCGCGUAAAUUAUGUAGAAUAACCGCGCAAGUGCGAUUUUAUUGCAGUUAUAUAAAAAAGCUCCAGUGACUGCCUGCACUGAACUUUAAAUAGCGACUUUAAAAGUGAACCGUAGGGGUUUUAGAAAAACAAGUUGAAUAGAAAGUGCGCUAGGCGAUGUAGACGCGUUAAAACGUCCAGAACUGACUGUCAUUUUGGAUUAAAGUCCACCAUGGAUGUCCGCGCAGCGCUCAUGUGUGUUUUGUUCAGCGUGCUUCUGUGGGCAGGAGACGCUCAGCACUCGGUACCUGAUUCAGUUUUAAACUGCUGCGAGGGCGAUGUCCUCUUCCUCCUGGACUCCUCUGGUAGCGUGGCCUCCUACGAGUUCUUCCGUAUGGUGGACUUCCUCAAGGAGCUCCUGCUGCCUUUCUCGUUGGGGCCGGAUCAGGUGAGGGUGGGACUGCUGCAGGUUGGGACCGAACCCCAUCUGGAGUUCAGCUUUGACACCUACAGCUCCCAGGACGGACUGCAGGCGGCCCUGGAGAGGACUAAACAGCUGAAGGGCGACACGAACACGGUGGAUGCUCUCCUGAUGGCUAGGAACCAGGUUUUGAAACAGGGCGUGCCGGGAGGUGCCAGACCAGAUCUGCCCAGGGUUCUGGUGUGGCUCACGGAUGGAGUGGAUCCCGGCGAGGUGCAGGAACCAAUGGCGAGGCUGCGGGAAGAGGGCGUGGCCAUCCUGGUGGUUUCCACUGGUCACGGGAACUAUCAGGUGCUGAGAGAGGCUGUGAGUCCACCCGCCGAGGAGCACCUGUUCUUUGUGGACAUUGAUGAUAUCAACAUCAUCAGCGAAGACUUGAGGAACGCAAUUAUUGAGAUUAUCCGGGCCGAGAGGCUACAGGUGAAGUCGGUCACCACCACUACAGCUCAGCUGGAAUGGAGGCCUGUGUUGGCCGGCACCGGCUACUAUGAUAUCCAGUUUGGUCCCAUCCGAUCAGGGCAGACCGGAGGGACGGGAGGUCCAGGCACCAGUCCUGGCACUGGUUUGGGUCCUUUUCAGAGGAUCACGCGACCCGGAGAUGCCAGCUCUGCGAAGCUGACUGACCUGCGUCCAGACACCACGUACACAGUCACGCUCACACCAAAGGCCAACCUGGAGUUCCUCAACUCUCUUCACACCACCUUCACUACCCAGCCAGUGUUGCCAGCUCUCUCAGAUCUGCAGCUGACCACAGUGGGCAAUGAGUCAGUGCAGCUCCGCUGGAAGGGGAGUUACGAUGGUCUCCGUGGUUACUGGGUCACAUGGGAGCGAGGUCAGAGCCAGCGCUCCACCCUGUAUCUACCACCCAACCGGCUCUCCACCACCCUCAACCAUGUGCCCUCCAGGGCCCGCGUCUGCGUCUCUCCAGUGUACCGGACGGCCCGUGGGGAGGGACUCUGCUGCACUGCUUAAAUGGGCUCCGCUGCAUUGACCUGGAACUGUGGAGGGCCAUUCUGCCAAAUACGAAAUAUGGUGGAAUAAACAACACCAAAAACUUCCCACAAAUAGACAAGAUGGGAGGACAGGGGAGUCCAGGACGCUGUAGCUGUUUGGAUACUCAUCACCCAUAGAUGGUGAUCUUUAAACACACCCACACAACAUGCACUGACAAACAAGCUCCUACCCACACUUCUAACACAGAGACUAAAUGAGUCUGAACUCAAAAGUGACCUUCUGAAGAAUCAGACUUUUAAAGGAAUGUUUCGGGUUCAAGUUCAGUGCUAUUGAGAGCUGAGAUAUGUGGCUUGCCGUGCAUUACCGAAGACCAGAGUUUAUAUCUCGCAAUUUGGACUUUGUUUCUUCCAAUUCGUACUUUUUUCCUUUAAAAAUUGCACGAAAUAAGGUCCGUGUAAUGCUUCACAGUUCAAUUUUAAGACCAUAUGGAGCAAAUGCAAAAAUGAAAAAAUCAAACCAAACAUUCAUUUUUUUCAACUACUUCAUAAAUGAACAAUUGCCAUUUUCUUUCCUUUUUUAAAUUUUACUUUUGCUAAAUUGUGACUUCAGAAAUGAUCA